AUGAUCAGAAUCUACUCAUCCGACACAUGGCCAUCGCGGAUUUUCUGGUGCCUUGUCGUGGUCACUUGUUUGGUUCUCUUUUUAUUACAUUCCGGUAUGAUGCUCGAAUUCUACCACUCAAAGCCAACUUUCCGGCAAUACACAGAUGAGCCCCUGCAGCUAGAAGAUUUACCCUUUAUCACAAUAUGCAAAGAGAAUGGGUACACUGCAAUGAAAAAUAUUAGCCUAAAAGAAGAGGAGUUCGAUGUGGCGUUUCGCGUGAUGCGACAAGAAUUUUUGACCGUUGACGAAUAUGAGAUUUUGCGGCGACUCGAAAAUGAGAGGAGAGUCACUGCGGAGGAGUUGUACACGAGUUUGAGUCUGACGUGUAAAGAACUUCUCAAAACGUUGAAAGUGAGCGGAAAGGGGUAUGAUGCUUGUGAAUUUGCGAGCGAAGAUCUCACUGAGUAUGGAGUCUGUUGGACUGUGGGGAAAUGGCCGGCGAGAAGGGCGAAUGAUCGAGUCGAGAUCGUCAUCAAGAACACAAAGCCAGCUUCAAACAUCAUUGUGCAUGUUCACAGUCGUUUGGUGCAACCAAGCGUGAUGGCUAAAGGACUUUACAUACCGAAAGAUCGAAUCGCACACAUGAUCGUUCAACCAAAUAUGGUCGACUCUUUGGAAAUCGGUUCCUGGGGCACUUGCAGCAAAGAGUGGAGUCCGAAUAUUCAAUUGGGUGAAAAUUAUACGCUCACCAAUUGUUUUCGUCAUUGUAUGGCGCAGCAGUUCUUGGAAGCAUGUGCAUGUGUGCCAUAUCAUUUGAAAGCAUUCGGAGAGCCGAUUUGUACACUCGGAGAGAUGCACACGUGUAGAAGAGCCGGUUACGUAGCUGGGAGUAUGGGUUUAUUCCUGGGAAUGAGCUGUGUGACACUACUUGAGAUUUUCAUGUUCUUGUUCAAAGUCGCUUGGGGAACUGUCAAUGACAAUCGACAUAAAGAGUUUUUCGAUCGAAUGCUAGAAGGAACGGAGAAAAAACGAGAGCCACAACUGAAGCAACAAAUCAUCAUUGCUUCUAGAAAAAACUCUGCUGCCUCCGAUUCCUCUGAAAGUGAUUCCUCGGAAUGUACGAUUGUUGAAGAAAAUAUUGGAAUCGUUUUCGAUGAAAAGAGAAAAGCGUCAAUCUUUCGAAUGCCGGAUUCAGUUAUACAGCCACGAAACAAAUUCUUGGAGCGAGUGCGAAGCAGUACGAACACCUCGAUUAAAUCGGGUGGAAAAGCUAGGGGAGCGUUUGGAAUCCCCGAUCCGACAAAUUUGAACACUCGACGAAGAUUGUCUCAUUUUCCGGGUAUCGGAUUU